CCGCACAAAAGUCCGACGACACGGCUAUCUCCUCAACCUCAUCCCGUCGCCGUGCUUCAUCUCCAUAGCAGCCGUACUGAAUACCAACUACCGAACUGCAGACAAGUCGCAAAGACUCACUUUUCUUAGUUCUUGCCGUUGCGUCGUCGCGUCAUCGUCGUCGUCGUCGUCGUCGUCGGGCCAUUCACUCUUUGGAAGUUGCGCUCGUCUCAUUGGAGCGCAGAAGUAAAGUGCCAAGCCUGGUCUACCCAAACGACUUUUCUUCUCCACCAACUUCGACCUCACCACCAACAUUUCCAGUUACGACGAGGAUCUGCUGGCAGGCACCUCGCGACUUAAUCCACCUCACCGCCGCGAGCGCAUCAGCUCAGACACUUUGACUAGUCUGCUCUGAUCUGAACCGCCGCACUGCACCGCUAGCGCAUCACCGCUGCGACCUCACCACCACCACCACCACCCACCCACCGACCAUCCACGAGCGCGUCGCACUUGCGACGUCCAUCAUCCCAACUGCACGACCUGAUACUUCAGUGGGCGCACUCCGCGACGCAAACAUGGAGUCACAAGCGUACAUGACCCACCCGAGCACUGCCGCCGAGGCCAAGCAGUUCACUGCUCCCUCGUCGCUCUCCUUCCCUGGUGCCAACGGCCACCUGACCCCUCCAUCGUCCGACGCUGGCCAAACGAGCAAGAACGGAACGAACGGGCAACAACAGGUCGUUGCGCAAGGCAAUGGGGUGACUCCCGCUACGCCAGCUGCCACGCCAGGACAAGCGAAUACGGGUGUCAGUGGUAUCGUCCCAACUCUGCAGAAUAUUGUUGCUACAGUGAACUUGGACUGCCGCUUGGAUCUGAAGACGAUUGCGCUCCAUGCACGUAACGCCGAGUACAAUCCUAAGCGUUUCGCUGCCGUCAUCAUGCGCAUUCGCGAACCUAAGACCACGGCACUCAUCUUCGCUUCCGGCAAGAUGGUCGUGACAGGUGCAAAGUCGGAAGAUGAUAGCAAGCUUGCCAGUCGCAAGUAUGCGCGCAUCAUCCAGAAGCUCGGUUUCAACGCGAAAUUCACGGACUUUAAGAUCCAGAACAUUGUCGGCUCUUGCGAUAUCAAGUUCCCUAUCCGCUUGGAGGGUCUUGCUAGCCGUCACCACAUGUUCUCAUCGUACGAGCCCGAACUCUUCCCUGGUCUGAUCUACCGCAUGAUGAAGCCGAAGAUUGUUCUUCUCAUCUUCGUCUCGGGCAAAAUCGUCCUGACCGGAGCCAAGGUUCGCGAAGAGAUUUACCAGGCUUUUGAACUCAUCUACCCUGUGCUCUCGGACUUCCGCAAGACCUAAUUACUCACCCACCGGCAUCCUGUACCAGUAUUAUGGUCUUCCUGUACCAACACUACUACUUACACCAGAGGUUUGAUGCCAACCUCGAUUCAUCUGGUCGAUACCCCCCGCCGUUCAUCAGUCAUACUGGUCCGUUCUUGGAUUCCAGUUGACAGAUGACGGCUCGACAGAUGGCAUUACUUUUUUCGUCUUUUUUUGCUUUAGACAUGCAUGGCGAGGUGUUACACGGCGUCCUAUUCGACAUACCAACCUGGAGCUGCUUAUCCAGCUGCCACGACUACUUCUGGACUGGGGUUUAAGUCGAAAUUUAGACUAUUAUGCGCUAUGCGCUGGCAACAGACAGCCAGCAUUGGCGCGCACGCGAGCUCACAAAAGAGCUCACAACUGAGACUGAUGACACGAGAGCGCGAAAGUGCGAGAGUGCGAGAGAGAGGGAGGGAACGGGCGAGCGAGAGAAGAGGCCUGUCUGUGUGAGAGAGGGCGAGGACUGUGGCCAGAUGCCUGCGAGGGCAUCGGCAAGCGUGAGCUUGUCCAUGAAGACACAAAAGCAAGUAGUGGGCCCGGCUUAAGGUAGUGCACCAAUUGCCACCCUCAUGCUUCACUUGAAAAGUUUCCUCUUUUUAUCUCUUGUGCUCUGCUCUAUUGCUCUGCCCUGUCCUGCCCUGCCCUGCCCUUUCCCGUCUUUGGCCCAUUUCAUCUCGUGUUUGUCCGCC